CCCCCGUUUACAAUGUGCUGAGCGUCUGCCUUCAGGGAAAAUGACUGGAGGGGGGGGACCCACACGCACACAGCUAUAAGAGCCCUUUUGAAAACCGCGCAUUCCCCCCAGAUGUCGCUGUUUGGAAAGCGGCCCCUGCAAGCGGCUGUCGGAGGCCCGCAGCCUGCCUUUCCUGCAGGGGUGAGCGGGCGGAGCAGCGCCGCAGUCACCCGCCGCACCGACCAGCUCAGCCAUGGCGAGACACACCGCCGCGGCCGCGAAAGCCGCUCCCGUCGAGGCGCCUCCCAGGCGGAAAAAGGGACCGGGGGCACUGGCCACUGCCUACCUGGUCAUCUAUAACGUGGUCAUGACGGCCGGGUGGCUGGUCAUAGCUGUUGGUUUGGUGCGGGCGUAUCUCGCGAAGGGCAGUCACCACGGCCUGUACUACUCCAUAGAAAAGCCUCUGAAAUUCUUUCAGACUGGUGCUCUGUUGGAGGUGGGUGGUGCUGAACUUUACACCUUCCAUGUACAAAAUGAAGACAGCGUUCUGCUUUUUGUGGUUGCUUGGACAAUAACGGAAAUCAUUCGCUACUCCUUCUACACGUUCAGUCUACUGAACCAUCUGCCAUACCUUAUUAAAUGGGCAAGAUAUACCCUCUUCAUUGUUCUGUAUCCCAUGGGAGUCACUGGGGAGCUCCUGACUAUUUAUGCUGCUCUUCCCUAUGUGAGAGAAACCGGGAUGUAUUCAAUCAGACUGCCAAACAAAUUCAACUUCUCUUUCGAUUACUACACAUUCCUCAUUCUGACAAUGGUCUCUUACAUUCCACUCUUUCCUCAGCUGUACUUUCACAUGUUGAGACAGAGGAAGAAAGUCCUGGCACCCGCGGAAGGCUACAGCAAAGCAGAGUGAAGAAGGCACUGGGCGGACUGGAAUGUGGAAAAGAUGACAUUUAAAUCUUGCCUAACUAAAUUAAUAUCUGCUCACCGAGAAGAAUCCAAACCUUUCAAAAUGGCGAAUGACAUUGAGAUGAAUAUGAGCACAAUACUUGCUUGUGAAUGAACUUUUAAAUAUUUGGGUUGGGCGAUUUUGAACAACAAAAAAAUAGUUUUUAACAAGGGUUGCAAAGGCAGUUAUGUCAACCCAAUGCGUACGGUUUGAUAGUAGUUGUGUUCAAACCAGACUAACCACUUAAUAUGAAUGCAACAUGAUGGAAUGAGUCCCUGGAGACUGGAAAGUUUGGAUUUCUUCGUUCGUGUGUGGCAAUGUGUACCAAUUAUUUUUCUGUAUUAUUCCUACAGUCCUCUAAUUUUUGAUUGACGUACAAAUGUGACUGAUAAACUGAUUUUGCAUCAUUAUCCCCUAAUGUUUUCCUAACCUGAAAAAAAACUAACCGUUUUUAAAAAAUAAAACUCUUGAUGAGCCUGUUUGUGAGUAGAUUUUUAAUAGUGGAUAAGGUAGGUUAAAUGUAAGUAAACUUAUGUUUUUUUUUACUGGCAUAUUCUGUAAACAGACCUGAAAAACAAAGCCUACGGGUAUUUCCUAAAGUUUCUAGGUUUACGUUUAUGUUGCAAUUACUGUAGGCCAGAGGUCUGUUGUAGGUAUUGUUUCACCAUCAUUUAUAGUUGAAAUCAUAAUGUUCACAGUGAACCAUUAACGUGUUCAUGAUAAAUGUGUAAUUCAUAGUUCAAUUGUUUAAUAUUAAAGUAGCAUAUGGGAAAAGGCAUAAAAUCAACAAGUAGCAUUGUAUUAUAGAAUUUUGUACAAUUAUAAGCCUUAAUGAGAUGGAUUUUUUUGUAUAUUUUCGAUAAAUUAAUUACAUUUAAAGCUUUACCUCAUUGGUGAUGAAACUAUUGACCCCCCAUAUGAAUAAAGCUUGUGCACUAAAAA